AUGGAUAUUCCUGUUAAGAAAUUUUUCCAUAGCUUACUAGAGAGCUACUUUGUGAUAUCAAUUUGUUCAUGUACAAGAAGUGUUGGAGAAUAUGAUGAUGCAUUAGUCUCAUCAACUAAUCAAGCUGUGUCUAUGGCAAAGAGUGAAGGUGAUCAUCAUGUUGAUGCUCCCCCAAACUACAGGUCACUUGAGAAAGAAGGAAGGAAUAACCUUGUGGAAAUCAAUAACAUCAAAGGAGAUUUAGAACAUGAAAAAACUUCUGAGGUCAAUGAAACAGAGGCAUGGUAUCCUUGUAUCAAUGAUUCCAAUAUUUGGCUUCCUCCUGAACCAGAUGAUCAAGAGGAUGAUGUUGAGGGUAGUUAUGGUAAAUAUGACGAUGAUGAUGAUGAUGAAGAGUUUAGUGAUGACAUAAAAUGGGGAAAAACAAGUAGUCUAACUAGCUUUGGUCAAGAAGGGAGCGGGAGUGGGAGCUUUAGUUUUAAAGAGGAAAAAAGAAAAGUAAUGGAUAAGGUUAUGAGUGGAAAAUUCAAGACUCUUGUGAAACAUAUUCUAAAAUCAUUGAAUAUUUCUUGCUUAAAAGACAAUGGUGGUGAUAAUUGGGUUGAUAUAGUUACCUCUUUAUCAUGGGAAGCUGCUUCUUUUUUGAAAGGGGAAGCCAUGGAUCCUGAUGGUUAUGUGAAAGUCAAAUGUAUUGCUACUGGCUUUCGAAGUCAAAGUGAAGUAUUCAAUGGUUUGGUGUUCAAAAAGCAUGCUGCUCACAAACACAUGCCAACAAGAUUCAAAAGACCAAAACUACUACUGAUCAAGGGUACACUAAGUGAUUCUGAUGGAUUUUCAUCAUUUGAGUCGAUGAACCAUGAAAAGAACAGACUUGAUUCUGUUAUUGGGAUGAUAGAGAAAUGCAAUCCAAAUGUUAUUUUAGUGGAAAAAACCGUUUCACGUGAUAUUCAAGAGUAUAUUCUUUCAAAAGGGAUGACACUGGUUUUGGAAAUGAAAAUGAACCGGUUAGAGAGAAUUGCUCGUUGUACAGAACAUGGUGCUCUUUGUGAAAGUGGAAAGAAGCCAAGCAUGACUUUAAUGUUUCUUGAGGGAUUGCCUAAACGUAUGGGCUGCACGAUUUUGCUGAAGGGAUCUCACAGUGAUGAACUUAAAAAAAUCAAAACUGUUGUUCAGUUUGCAGUUGGUCUGGCAUACCAUUUGAUCCUUGAGAAUUCGUUUCUUCUAAAUCAGAGAAUAAUGUUUUCCACCAUUUCCCCUGAUAUAUUUUCUACCAAAAUCCCCACCGAAGAGAUCAUUCCAUCAAUCAGCAAUCAUGCUCUUGAUUUAGGAUUUGAUGAUUCAAAUAUUCCAGUUUCCAAGGAGGAUUCUAAUGAAGAAAUCGAGAUUAUCCCCAUCUUUAAGGAACCAUACAACCCGGUUUUCCUCUCAGGAUUAUCAUCUCUCACAGCUUCAUUAAAGAAAGUAAUUGCAAUUCGUUUAUUACAUACUGCUCGUAGUAUAUCUACAUACUUUGGAUUUAAUUGUAUGAGCCCUCAUCAUCAAGAAUUACGCUCUUCUGAGGCUGUUGAGACUACUGCCAAUAUGGGCGAAAAGGUCAUUUCUGAUGAAGAGAAGACAGUUAAUGGUGAUGGAGUGAGUAAUGAUGAUUAUUUGGAGACAAACAGUAUAGAAGAAGAGAUGGAAAGUAAGGAUGAUAUGAACACAGUGUUGGAAUCUGAAAGUAUUUUGGUUUUGAUGUCAAAGCGGAAUGUAGCAAAAGGGAUCAUCUGUGAACAGGAUCGUUUUUCUUGUAUCAAGUUCUACCGAUAUUUUGAUGUUCCUGUUGGAAAGUUUUUGCGGGAUUACUUACUCAAUCAGAAACUUAUGUGUACAACUUGUGGUGAAGAACCAGAAGCUCAUUCUUACUACUAUGCACAUCACGAUAUGCAACUCACAAUUCAAAUCAGACGUCUUCCUGCAGACAAACAUUUAGAUGGUGAAAACAAAGGGAAGCUUUGGAUGUGGAGUUUCUGUGGGAAAUGUAAACCCUCUGAUGGAAGCUUAAAAUGUACAAAAAGAGUGUUAGUUUCAACAGCUGCUCGCAGUUUGUCAUUUGGCAAGUUUUUGGAGCUUGGCUUUUCAAACCACUCUUCAUGUGAUAUAACAUCUAGCUGUGGACAUCUCUUUUACAAGGACUACAUCCACUUCUUCGGAUUAGGUUCCAUGGUUGCAAUGUUUAGAUACUCUUCGGUAUCUACUUACUCUGUGUCUCUACCACAUUGGAAGGUGGAGUUCAGUGAUUCAGUUGGGGAAGAAUUUCUGAAAAAAGAAGUUGAAGAUGUGUAUUGGGAAGGGCUUUCAGUGUUUGCUGAGGUUGAAAGCUCUUUGAAAAAGAUGGAAUUUGAGUUCGUGGGAUCAAUGUUGAAGCUUCAAGGAUCAUUGAAGAAGUUCUGUUAUGUUGAAGAGAUGCUGAACCAAGAACGUGAUCGAUUCCAGGUUGAGAUGAAGAACACAGCUAACGAUGGUGGUUUUAGGAAUAACUGGGUGUACAAGCCUCUGUGCUUAAAUCAUCUACAAUGGGAACUUCUUCUUGAAUCAUGUAUCUGGGACCACCGUCUUCAUUCACUUUUAUCAUCUCAUCUUAAAGUAGCCGACACCGAAACCAUCGAUAACACCUUACCAUUAAAAGAGGUCUCCAUUCAAGGAGAUUCAGAAAUCAAUACGAAUGGUGACUUUUCUUCCUCGAUGUCUGCAAAAUUAUCCGAUCCAAACGGAUGGAUGUGGACCCCGUUUCAGAAAAUCCAAAACUAUUACACGAACGAUCUUCAAAGAGGUUACUUACCGGAAUUCGAACCAAUCAAUAGGUACACCACCGGAUCAAAAAUAUAUAAAAAAAUCACCGAAGAGGGAUCGAAGCUUCAUUUUCCGGUGGGUCCCGGGAACAAUUACAUGGUAUCGGAUUAUGAAGAGGAGUUAUCAAGUAUAAUCGCGUGUGCUUUGACUUUUCUCAAAGAUCAAAAUAUCUCACCUGAAGGUCAAGGUGUCACCGAUCGGAAUAUAGAAUCACAUUUUUUCAGCUUCGAUGGACUCGAAUUGUUGGAUUCGGUGGAUUCUUUAAGGCAUCUUCAUCCGGUGGUGUCGAUGGGCCGGUUAACCAACAAGGUUAAAUACUCGGUGGGUUGUUUAUAUGCGAAUGAAUUUAUGGAUCUUAGAAGUCGGUGUGGUUUAUCAGAACUGGAUUUUAUUGCUGCCUUAAGUCGGUGUAAACAUUGGGAUGCGAAAGGUGGAAAAAGUAAAUCUUUUUUUGCUAAAACUCUUGAUGGCCGGUUUAUUAUAAAGGAGAUUAAAAAGACAGAGUUUUAUUCUUUCUUGGAAUUUGCUUCCAGUUAUUUUGGGUACAUGAAGGAGUGUUUUAUGGUUGGGAAUCAGACCUCUCUCGCAAAAAUUCUGGGGAUUUAUCAGGUAAAGAAGAGAAAGAGUGGUGUGAAACAUGAUCUAAUGGUGAUGGAGAACAUUACUUAUUGUCGAAAUAUGAUGAGACAAUAUGAUCUGAAAGGAGCUCUGUAUGCCCGUUUCAAUUCUGCUGUUGGUGUUGUGGGAGAUGUGCUUUUGGACCAAAAUUUUGUGAAUGAUAUGAAUGUUUCUCCUUUAUAUGUUAACAGAAAAGCAAAAAGAAACUUGCAAAGGGCCGUGUGGAAUGACACUGUGUUCCUCAAUUCGAUCAAUGUGAUGGAUUAUUCGUUGUUGGUUGGAGUGGAUGCGGAAAAGAAGGAGCUUGUAUGUGGCAUCAUAGAUUAUGUGAGACAGUAUACAUGGGACAAACAAGUGGAGAAUUGGGUAAAGUCAUUUGUGGUUCCUAAAAACCAGAUGCCAACAGUAAUAUCUCCAAAAGAGUAUAAAAAGAGGUUUAGAAAGUUCAUAGACACCCAUUUUUUGAGUGUGCCUGAUGAUUGGUGCUCUCAACGCCCAUCUAACCCUUGCACUCUUUGUGCCACAGACGCAACUUCUCCUCAUGCUUGUUCACAUUCAACACAACCCUGACCUUAUGUUUGAAACUCAUCUAGCAGGCUGCUGUUUACCUGAUUUAAACCUCUCUUCAUCAAUUUUUGGAUUAUAUAUAUAUAUAUAUCGUACAUAUAUAUAAUAAUUGCGCUCCCUACCUAUAUUUUGCAAUUUUGAGCAAAUUUUUGGGGUUUAGUGAUAAUUUGACUGAUGUAGUUAGCAUAUUAGGUGCAUUUGUUACAUAGUUAUUACUUCUAUUUGGGUUUUAUAUGCUUUAAAGGUUUCUGUGAUUGUUUGCAAUGAAUGAGAGAAAUUUAUGGUUGACCAUUUCCUACCUUGUUCGCAGGCCUUUCAUCUUGUUUCUCAUGGUUAUUUUGUUAUUAUUAUUAUUAUUAUUUUUUUUUUUGACAAU